AUGAAGGUUACCAGCCUCUCCGCCAUUCUGGCGCUCUCUCUUUCCGCGCACGCUCUAUCUAACGGUUUCGUGGGCUGCUACUCAUCCUCCGGCAGCUUGGUGAACAAGGGCUCCAGUCAAUUUCAAUCCACGGGAUUAUGCACAAGUACUUGCGGUCGUAAUGGUGCGAGAUACGCUGCUACCACAAAUAGCGUUGACUGCUACUGUGGCUCUUCGCUGCCUCCGAGCGCGAAGCUCGUCUCCCAGUCAGAGUGCAAUGUCAACUGCCCAGGAUUUCCAGAGGACCAUUGUGGAGGCAAUGGCUUCUGGUCCGUUCACCAGACCUAUAUCACGGGCAAUGACAUCGACAGCGGCGACAACAACAACAACACAGAUGAUGGGGAUGGGGACAGCGAUUCGGGCGACAACUCUGGGAAUGGUCCAAACGAUGGCCCUGGUAGUGGUUUCGGCGAUGGCCCAGAUGAUGGUCCAGGCAAAGGCCCAGGUGGCGGCCCGGAAACGACGACGGCAUCCAGCUUCACCGUUUAUCCCACUCCUUCUGCAGUCAUUACGGUGACAGCUGUGACCGGCACCAGCUCCCCAUCUGCCACUCUCCCGAGCAAGGAAUCGUCCAGUGUCUCCGUCGCGACGGUGUCUCCAACCACAGCCACCUCGGGGGCCAGCCGGCGAUUCCGGUUCUUGUUUUUCUAA